AUAAAAAGUACCGGGACUGCAGUUGUUACUGGGGAUGGAUAACUACAACGUGCUCAGCAAGGACCUCCCAUUGUUUUUCCCAAGGCAGCGGCAUGCUCUGCCCCUUUGUUGUCUAUACUGAAGCUUUGUGACAAAUGGCUCCUGACAGCACUACUGGCCACUUUGUGCUGAAACAUGGACAGUUGGAAAAGCAACCAAGAAAGGUGAAAAGCUAACAAUAAAACUGGUCAGGAUUCCUGAGUUUAAACCUGAUCAUUCCACCAUGUCGACAAUAUGUGGAAAGAGUGUUCUACCCACCACCUUGAAUCCAAGGUUACGAUAGCUUUCUAGACACCUUGGCAUGGCUUGCUCCAACUCUCCUCUUUUUGUUCAGUCUUUGCAGUACCUGUCCCUGCCAGUCUCCGGGUGCCCCUCGUUACAGGUCAGCUCCACACCAAGGGGAGGAGCUACUUGCCAGGGUCUGUCCCCAACAUCACGGUCCCACAGCCCAGUGGCCAGCAGCACUGCCCUCCUGGGAACCAGAGAGGAUCCUGAUCACUGUGUUUUGUGCCGUGUGAGUGCCAUAUCCAAAAAGAUGACUGGUGGACCCCAGAAAUGGAUAUAUUUGAUUGGCUUCAGUCUUAUCUGUCUUAAAAUGGUCACUUCGGCAAAAACAGCUCCUGAAAUACCCACGAUUGAUCAGGCGUAUUCCAAAAUCAGCAACAGUAUCACCGUAGAAUGGGCUACAGUGCCUGGGGCCACCAGUUACCUGCUCACCGCCAAAGACGGGGACACGGUCAUUGAAACCAUGGUGGCCAGUUCCCCCGGCACUGUGACCGGCCUGAAGGCUGCAACCCUGUACCAAAUCACCGUGAGAUCCAUCAGUGCUGCUGGGAGAAGCCAGGCGUCACCUCCAACGCAGGCAAAGACAGUGUUGGCUGCACCAAUUCUAGAAGUAAGUUCUCCAAGCCCAGACUCUAUUCUUGUGCAGUGGGAAGCUGUCUGUAUGGCGAUCGGAUUCUCCGUGUCUCUCAUGCGAGCCAAUGGCUUGGGUAGAAUAUGGAAGGAGAACACCACCAAUACCUCCUUGACAUUCAGCGGCUUGGAGGCCGGCACUCUCUACACCAUAAAGGCCUAUGCGUGGAAUGCCAACGGAGUCCCUGGGGACGACUCCACCUGCAAUCAGAGAACAAGUCCUCGUGCCCCUGACCACGUCCAAGUCUCUUUUGAUAGUGGGGCUCUGAAGGCGUCUGUUUCAUGGGCGCCGACGGAAGGCGCUUCCAACUACACAGUGAUGGCGUCAAGUGAGAAUUCAGAGCUGAGCUGCAGCACAACUCUCAGCUCCUGCACCAUCUCUUCCCUCCGGUGUGGAACUGAGUACCUGGUUUCAGUUUUAGCAAGCAAUGAUGCUGGAUCUAGCAAAUCGCCUUCCGCGGUGACCCUGAAGACUGUUGCCUGUGCACCUGCAAGAGUAAUGAUCCGGGAAGAGCCCCCUGGCCACCUAUCUGUGGCUUGGUCCAAUGUCGAUCUGGGGGAUUACUACGUGGCCUUUGUGAAGAGCGAUGAUGGCUUGGAAGUGCACUGCAACACAUCCCUCACGCAGUGCAAUUUCCCAUCUGAGUGUGGCUUCACUUACUUUAUCAGUGUUUUUGCCUAUAACAAAGCAGGACAGAGUCCUCUGGGUGACAUAUUCAAUUACACCACAGCUCCUUGUUGUCCCAGUGACAUCAACCCCGUGAUGGUGUCCAGCGACAGAGUAGAGAUUGUCUGGUCUCCUGUCCGUGGUGCCGAACUCUACGAAACCAAGGCUGUCGAUGGAUCCAAUGUGGUUGAAUGUAACGACACUGUUCCCGCGUGCACCCUGUCAGCUCUAGAGUGUGACACCAAAUACAACAUCACAGUGUAUUCACUCAGUGACAUCCGGGGCAGCAAUACAUCCUGCAUGGCCCAACCUAUAACCACAGCUCCUUGCAGUCCUGAAAUAAAAAAUGUUUCAAAGGAUGCGUUCUCCAUGAUUAAUGUGCACUGGCAAUCCGUGAAUGAUGACGCUAUCUACACUGUGACUGCCCAGGGGGAGAAAGGGCUGUACUGGUGCAGCAGCACGGGAGAGUCGUGUACCAUGGGGGCCCUGCCCUGCGGCUCAGUGUUCUCUGUCACCGCUGUGGCAGAAACACAGGCAGGACGGAGCCUGCCCAGCUACAGUGUGCCCCUGGAAACAGUGCCAUGCUGUCCAGUCGGUCUGACAGUGACUCAGGUUACCCAAUCAGUUAUCAAUGUGAGUUGGACUAUUGGGACCGUGGCCCAAACCUACCUGACAGUUCUUGAGUCGCAGACUGGACAGUCUAAGUGCCACACCCAUCAAAACCACUGCCUCCUGGGAUGCAUCACCUGUGGGAUCAAUUACACAGUGGCAUUAAAAGCAAUCAGUGCCACUGGCUUGACUGCGGACUGUGCCUUCCAAAGCUAUUCCUCUAGUGCCUGCUGCCCUUUGGGGGUGAAGUUAUAUAGGCUGGGCCCUAAUGGCAUCCGGAUCUACUGGCAAGCCUCCAGGAGCUCUGCCAAUUACAGCACUGACCUCUAUGGCUCCAAAGGCAUUUUCACAUGUGCCCCGGGUGCUGGCCUCAGUUUCUGUGACGUCACAGAGAUCCCCUGCGGGGACGUGUAUACCGUGAUGGUCUCCCCAGUUGCCGAAACGGGACUAAAGCUUACUUUCUGCCCAAAGAAAAUAUAUUCAGUAACCUGCUCUGGAAGUACCCUUGGAAUGGUGAUUUACAGAGGGAAGAGAAAUGCAGAAUGACACGGUGAACCCCGGGAUGCGCCAAAACGGAGACUUCAGCAAAGUCAUCUUGAUUGUUAGUGAUUAGAGUUGGAAGAGAUCUAUUAGAAUACACAAUGCCUGUAGGAUAGGAAAAGCUCCUUUGACUGAUAGAACAACUCCUACUCCAGGGCAAGGUCAGGUGGGUCCUCUUCUGCACGGCAGCCCCACGCCUGCUGCUGAGAAGACUCUGCAGAGUGAGACGGAUGCACAAAGUCCUCCGGAAGGCUGCCAGCAUGAGCCAGCACACCGUGAGAGCCCUGCGAACAAGACAGGUCUGCUUAGCAGGAAUUCCCUCUGAGACCGCACAUGGACAUGUCACAGAUGUGAACACAUGCACUUCACAAGUGUUUCAUUGACAUCAGCACUUGGCAGGCAGCCUGCUAGCCGUUCAGGGGCUGGUGGUGUUCAUCCCCAGAGAGGACCAGCCCCCCUCCCAGAGCCAGUGCUCAUCCUGAGACAGACCCCCACCAGGCCUGGAGAGCAUCGCGGGGAUAGCAGAAGCUGGUCAGCAACCCAUAGCAACAGACACCCUCAUCACAAGUCAGGAGGGAAGCUGAGCAGCUGGCAGGGUUUGCUGAGUCAGGGCAUCAGGUGAGGUGACAUCUGCAGGAAUGGGUGGCAGAGGGAGAGCGCAGCUGCUGACCUGUUGCUGGGAGCGUUGCCAUUUUUGAGGGUGCAAAGACAUUGGCUAGAGGGGCAGUCAGGGGCAGAGCUGCAAACUGGCAGGUGGACGUGCACACAUCUUUUGAGGGAAGGAUUAUUCAUCCUGCUGGCUGUGUCCCCCUCUCACACAGCCACUGCUUCUUUCAUUGGAGAGGAAAGACAAUGAUAUAUAGUAUAAAUCUGAUGUACCUAGAAAAAUGUCCUUCCAAUGCCAAUAACCUAAUUAAAAAAUAGUGCAAAUAGGACUUGUGUAAUACACACACAUAGACACAGAUGGUGUUUACUUCCCCAAAGCAUGGCCAUGGAGCAAGGAGGGGACUGGAGCGUGGAGUCAGACUCGAGAAAAACAAAGGCAGGAGGAUAAACGUCCCCUUCAGUGUCUUCUUUCUCUUCUGUGGCAACCCAGCAACAGGUGCUCCAAGAGAGGAGGGGAUUGCUUCCUCUGUGAGCCUCAUCAAAGAGGCGUGGCCUGGAUGCAUCACUGGUCAGAGCCCUCCCCCACAACAUUUGCACUGGAAAGCACAAGGGCCAAAGACACUAGUUUCCGCAUAUGCACCUUAAUGCAACAGAAAGCACACACUGAGCAUGGAAGAGUCUAGUUCAUUUUGGUUAAAAUUUUCAUUUUAUUUGAAAGGCUUAGACACACACACACACACACACACACAGAUCUUCCAUUCACUGAUUCACUCACCAAUACCCCCAACAUCCAGGACUGGGCCAGCCUGAAUCCAGCACUCAGUCUAGCUUUCUCACAUGGGUGACAGGGACUCAAGCACUUGAGCCAUCACCUGCCACCUCCCAGAUUAUGCAUUAGCAGGGAGCUGGAAUUGGAAUUGGAGGCAGGACUUGAACCCAGGUACUCUGAUAUGGGAAUUAGACUCCCCAAGCAGUAUCUUUACUGCUGCACCAAAUGUCAGCCCCUUGUUCCUUUUAUUUUUUUUUUAAAUUUACAUUCCAUAAUUUCCAUUUAUUUCAUAAUCAUAAGAUGAGCCCUCCACUAAGUAAAAAAUUCAACAAAUAGUAGGAAGAAAAAAACACUGUUCCUUAAUAGUAGAGACAAGGGCUGUAAACAUUAAUCAGUUCUCAAAAUGUAAUUUCCUCAUUUAUAUUACAUUUCUUCAUACUCUGUUAGUUACCACAGAUCAGGGAAACAUGGUAUUUGUCUUUAAACAUAGAACACUUUACAGAUUUGCAUGUCAUCCUUGCAGCAGGGGCCAUGCUCACCUUCUCUGUGUCGUUCUAAUUUUAGACUAUGUGCUGCCCAAGUGAGCACAGCCCCUGUUCCUUUUUUUUUUUUUUUUAAGAUGUAUUUAUUUACUUGAAAGGCAGAGUUACAGAGAAGCAGAGGCAGGGGCAGAGAGAGAGAGAGAGAGGUUUUCCAUCUGCUGGUUCACUCCCGAAAUGGCUGCAACGGCCAAACUGGGCCAAUCUGAAGCCAGAGCCUGCAGCUUCUGGGUCUCCGACAUGGGUGCAGGGGUCCAAGGACUUGGGCCAUCUUCUAUUGCUUUCCCAGGCCACAGCAGAGAGCUGGAUCGGAAGGAGAGCAGCCACGAUUCAAACCAGUGCCCAUAUGGGAUGCCAGCACUGCAGGUGACAACUUUACCCGCCACGCCACAGCACCGGUCCCAGCCCUCUGUUCCUAAACACUAGUGAGGGAGCAGGGGUUGAGUUAGUGCAUCAGCAACUCUCAGGGUAUCUCGUUACUCACCUAGAAUCCCGGGUUUUAGUCUUGGAGAUCUGAAGUCAGUGGGUCUGGACCAGGGUGGGGAUAUGUAUUUUUAACAAGCUCAUGAUUCUGACAUGUGGCCAGUUUUGAACCUUAAAAGUGUUGUCUUGGUGAGCUCUUCUUGUAAGCAAAAUUUCAGGGGUAAGAGGCUGACAAGUUGUAGGUCUCAGGGUAGGUGAUGUGGUUCAGUGGAUUAAAUAGCUGCUUGAGACACCAGCAUACUGUAUCAGAGUACAUGGGAUUGAAUUCGAACUCUGCUUCUGAUCCAGCUUCCUGUUGAUGUGCCUGGGAGGUAGCAUGUGAUGACCUAAGUAUUUGGGCUCCUUCUACCCCUUUGGGAGACCUGAAUGGAGUUUCUGGUUCCUGACUUUGGCCUGGCCUAGACCAGGCUAUAUCUGGUAUUUGGGGAGUGAACCAGCAGAUGGAAGCUCUCUCUAUCUCCCUCUCUUUCUGUCAUUCUGCCUUUCAAAUAAAUAAAUACAACCUAAUUUUAAAACAAUCAGGAAAAGAUGUAGCGUGUAGUCUACAAGGAAAGAAUGGUGAGACCUGGGGUGGGGGGUUCAGAGCAGAUUUGUGCCCUGGGACAGCAACCAUCAUGGUGCAGAGCUGGGGGAACAUUCUGGAUCCAGAGUCCAAAGGAGACUCUGUGCCGAGCCUAGGUGCCAGCAGAGUGGGCCCUGUUGGUAGAGUUGUGUCUUGGUGCACAGGAACGGAGGGGCAGGAUGUCCAGUGGAUCCCUUGGCCAAGGACACCAGAGAACUGGGGCCUGUUCACCCACACUCUGCAAGCAUUUGUGGCACAGAAAAGGAACUGGCCGGCUGCUUCGCUAGACGUCAAAGGCUGAGCUACAUUCUUCAGAAUGUGGUCCUCGCAGGGUGAAAGUGAAGGCAGUUUGGUUCAUAGGCCAAGCUUCUUUGAGCAUAUGUGAUAAUUUAUUUGAGAGGCAGAGAGAGACAGUAUCCAUCCACUAGUUUACUUCCCACAUACCCGCAACAGCCAGGACUGAGCUGGGCCAAAGUUGGGAGCAGAGAACUCAAUCCAGACUUCCCAUCUUAGUGUCAGGGACUCAAUGACUUGAGCCAUCACUGCUGCCUUCUAGGGUCUGCAUUGGCAGGAAGUUCAAGUCAGGAGCCAGAGCCAGGUUCUGAACACAGGCACUGCAAAAUGGGACACAGACAUCUUAAUUUCUGAACCAAAUGCCUAUCCCCAAAGCAAACUAGGUUAUUUAAAGUCUAUGUACCACUUACGAUGUGCAUAAGUGCUUUCAAUUCACUCAUUUCAUUCUCAUAAUAUCCCUAAAGCUAGGGGAUGGUGUUAUCCCCUUAGAAAGGUCAAGUGGCUCCCUCACAUCCACACAAUUGACCAGUCUGAAACUGCUGGGAACCAAAUAAGUUAAGUAGCAUUGAUUAGACCUGCUUGUCUGUGAUAUCUUUAUGGAAAAUAUCUCCCCAUAUCAUGAUUAAGUCAUCACUUAUUACUAAUGAACAAGACCCAGGAAUAGGAAACCAAGGAAGUAAUUUGCUUUCACGGGAGUACUUGUAUUGUCAGCCCUCAGAUAUUCUGACUAUUUAUCAUCUGCUCUGUGAAUUAUACAAAGCAGUUUUUUAUCUCCGGCCAACGUUGGUGGAUCUUGCCCUUCAUUUUGCUGUGUCAUGUUCAGGGAAUCCAAGUUCAGUUUUCAGUUUGGUUAGGCAAGCAAAGUAGAGAAGACUUAGAAAAAACAGCUCAGGAAGGUUAUGAAACGCCGGGGGAGCAUGGGAAGACGGGCGAGAUGGUACAAUAGUUUAAGGGUGAUGGACUUGGAGCCAGAUGCAACCAGAGCUUAACUCACUUGGAGAUUUUACAUAAUUUUAAAUUUUUAUUAUUUAUUUAUAUGAAAGUCAGAAAAACAAAGAGGCAGAGGGAGAAAGAUUUCCCACCUACUGGUUCACACUCCAAAUGGCUGCAACAGCCAGGUCUGGAUCAAGCUGCAGGCAGCAGCCAGGAACUCCAUUCUGGUUGCCCACGUGGGUGGCAGGGACCCAAGCACUUGGGCCAUCUUUCGCUACCUUCCAAGGCACGUUAGCAGGAAGCUGGAUUAGAAGCAGACCACCCAGGGCUGGUGCUGUGGCGUAUCAAGUAAAGCCUGCUGCCUAUAGUGCUGGCUUCCUACAUGGGUGUCCAUUCAUGUCCCGGCUUCUCCUCUUCCUAUCCAGCUCUCUGCUUUGACCUGGGAAAGCAGUCGAAGAUGGCCCACGUACUUGGGCCCCUGCACUCACAUGAGAGACCUCAAAGAAGCUCCUGGCUCCUGGGUUCAGAUCUGUUCAGCUCCUGCCUUUGCAGCCAUUUGGGGAGUGACACAGUGGAUGGAAGACCUUUCUCUCUGUCUCCCUCUUUCUGUCUAUAAUUCCACCUCUCAAAUAAAUAAAUAAAUAAAUCUUAAAAAAAAAAAAAAAGAUGAAGAAGAAGCAGAGUAGUAGUCAAGACUUGAAAUGGCAUCAUAAGCUAUGGCUUAACCUGGUGCACCACAAUGCUGGCCCUGAGAUUUUACAUGGGUUAGCCUCUUUGAGUCACAGUUUUCUCAUCUGUAGAUUGGCAGUAACGACUAUCACCCUGCUGGUUCGUUGUGAUGUUUCAGAGAAUAGAUUUAUAUUCAGCACAUUAAAUGCAAUGAAGCUGAGAUGUUUAAAGUCACACCACCAGACAGCGGCAGGGCCAGAAUUUUGAGAACAUGGACCUGUGUGUGGGUGCAGCAAAAGCCCAAGCUUGCUCCACUUUCCAUCCCACUUACCCUGGCCUUUAGGGACAGGAACCACAACUGAACCUCACAUGACUGGGGUCAGACUUCCACCCCCGAAGGCCCUGUUUGUGUCACUCCUGGCAUCUGUCCUCCUCCUCAUGGACAAGACACUGGCAUCUCACCCCCCUCACCCUGCUCUCUUGAUUUGGCCCUCCAGGGAGAGGAGCUCCACCUGAGAGGGGAGAGCCUCCAGGGUCAUGGUCGUUUCUGCUGUGCUAAGGAGAACCUGAUUUAAAAGGAAAAGGCAGGGGAACUAAUGUGAGCAUUUGUUUAGAAUUCUGAGCAACUGAAUCCAUUUAGAGUAACUGUCCAACAGAAAAAGCAUUCAUGCAAGAGGUUGUGCCUGAACCCAUUUGAUGGCUGUCUUUCUUCUCCAGUCUCAUUUUCCCUCCUAAAAAGUGCAGGAUAUCCCACAGACUGCUCUACUGCUUUCUGGCAGGCCAAGCCUGAUCCUGUCCCCAUUCCCUCAAUGUGCAUCUUUGGCAAGUUACUUAACUUGACUAAGCAGAGUUUUCUUGUCUAUAAGGGUUGCUCUGAGGAUAAAUGAAGUAAUCCACUUACACAUUCUUACAGCAUUAGUAGUGACCAACUAUUUCCACUUCCCUAUGUUAUCAACUCGAACCGGCAAAGAUUCCCUCCAGGAAAGCCUACUUUCCACCAAUGUACCUGAUGGUUAUGUCACAUGGUGCUCAGCAACUCAACUGAUCAAACUCGUGAUUGACUGCUUUGAUUUCAAGUCUGAAAUGAACCAUCUCAGUAAACGAUCUCUGCCUAAACUUUCUGGGCUCAAACCGCCUCUGUGAAUCAGCUUUCAACAGUAAUCCUGGAUCCUACAGUAUUGAUAGCCUCUCCCUUAUAUAUAUAU